AUGGACCGUGACGGCGCUAGGCCAUCCCGCCCGGAUCGGCCAUAUCAGCGCACCUACAAAGCAUGCAUCCCUUGCCGGGCACGCAAGGCCAAGUGCGACUUGGGAACGGGUCCAGAUGGCUUACCGAUCGGCCCACCAUGCGCGCGAUGUCGCAGAGAGAUGAGAGAAUGCGUCUUCCCGGAGAAACGAGCUUGGGAGAGGUCGCGUAAACGCGGUCAUUCGUUCGAUGAUAAUGAUCAGACGGUAUCGCCUGUUGGGGAGCAUGGGGUCGCUAGUACUUCGCCUGAGACUGUGAAGAGACAAUUUACUCAAGCUCAUCAGUCGGGCCACUAUCCUGAUGCCACAAGUCCCUUCCAGCAGGGCUGGUCCUUCCCUGGGCACCAGCAGUCCCCGCAUAACAGUCAUGGCUCUCAGGUGGGGAUUAGUCCAGUCCAGGGUGCAGAUACAAUGAUGCAUGCAAAGCAUUCUCCUUCCCAGUCAUACCAUGAUCAUCGACAUCGGUCGAGUUCCACGCUCGCGAACUCAAUGAUGCGGACUGUUGUCGCCAGCGGCAAUGAUGCGCUGAAUAUUCUUUUUGAAGCCGCAACUGCCCAAGAUCAGGAGGAUAGUACACCCAAUGAAGUGGACACGCCGCUCAGAGCUGGUUCGAAGUCGAGUGGACUGAAUGGCAAAGCGCGAUCUACUCCAAGGGAUUUUGAAAGCCCGAACUUUGAACCAGCGCCGAGAAACGUAGGACCGGUCACCAUUUCAGUUGUUGCACCGGAGACAUUGAGCGUUUGGGAGGCCUGUCGCUUCGUCAGGAUGGGUUGGUUUACCGCUAGAGAAGCGGUUACAUUUAUCGACCUGUUCUUCAAGAACAUGUCUUGUUUGUCUCCAAUAUUGACGGACUUCUACUCCAACCACCGAAAUCAUUAUUGGCUUAUCUCUCGUGAGCCAGUCCUUUGCUGUACGAUUCUCAUGGUUUCGUCUCGUUAUCACAUCCUUCCUGGAGCAGGCGGCGACUCUAGGAAUUUCUUCAUUCAUCACCGAUUAUGGCAACAUUGCCAGCAAUUAACUAUGCGAUUAAUAUUUGGCCAAGAGAAAUCUACAAAAUCCAAAGUCAGAAGUUUGGGGACCGUGGAAGCGCUUCUCAUAAUGGCAGAAUGGCACCCUCGUUCGCUACAUUUCCCUCCCGAGACAGACGGAUGGGAUGAUGACUUGAUUCCAAGUGCUGCAAAGCCUUCGGAAGAGACGGCUUCAGAAUCCACAACGGCGAAUCGAUGGCUGGAAGACAUGAUUGAGCCAUCAAGACGAUCGGACCAAAUGUCAUGGAUGCUUCUGGGAUGUGCUCUUUCGCUCGCUCACGAGUUGGGCAUCUUUGAGACCGAAGAAUCUGAUUCUCCUAGUGAAGAGCAAGAGUGGAAAGAGCAAAUAGCCCUCCGGAGGCAACGAGUUCAACGCCUUCUUUAUGUGUAUAUCAACCAGCUUGCAUGGCGCAUCGGGUGCAUGUCUCCCAUCCCGCAAUCUUUAAACCAUGCUGUUCUUGGUGGGCGGAAACCUCGGUGGCUCAGUCAGCCAGGUAGCACCUGGUUAAUCUUUAUGGACUCAUGGAUUGAAUUGACUAAGCUGGCACAGUCUGUAACUGAUAUGUUCUUCCCAUCCGCCAAAUUCGCACGCCAACAACUGCAUAGUGGCCGCUAUGUUGGACUCCUGGAGCAUUUCCGACCAUUGCUCAACCAAUGGAAAGAUAAGUACCUGCAGCCUCAGGUGCUUGACAAAGCCUUCUAUAAUGACCUUUUCAUCGAAUAUCAUUUCGUCAGAGUAUAUACCCAUUCGGUGGGCAUGCAAGCCGUGGUCGAGCGGGUGCUGGCAGAUGCCGACCCGGAUAACUUUGACGAAGUGCGACCGAUGACCAUCGAUCCGACCGACUACGAUUAUAUCCAAGAAGUGAUCGAUGGCUGCUGCCAGAUCCUGCAGAAGGUCGUCCACCUUGCAGAGGUGGGCGCACUACGAUUCUCGCCCGUUCGCAUUGUCCUUCGAAUUACUAGUGCCUCGAUCUUCCUGAUGAAAGCACUCAGCUUAGGCACUCGGCAAGCCGUCCUGCAAGAGUCACUCGAAGUGCUCGAACGGAGCAUCAGUGCGUUGAAAUCCAAUGCGCUCGACGAUGUUCAUCUCAGUACCCGCUACGCCACUCUGUUGGAAUUGCACGUCUCACGCCUGCGUCGCAACCUACUGGCAUCUUCUAAGAACCCGAAAACCAGUCGAGGUGCGACGCGACGAUCAUCAAUGGGCCCUCCGCUGUGGCCAGAGAAUGGCGAUCGAACAAAUCAUCUCAGCACGCCCGUCUCACAAGAAUUGAACUCAUCUGAUCUCGGCUUUAUCCCAUCGAUCAACGAGAUGGCAGACGAUUGGUUGUCGCUGCCAUUCGAUCCGUCGAUGGCACCAUUUGGAAUGAGUAACGGGGGGGCAGUUCCCCAUGUGUGA